UAUUCCAGCAGUCUCCAUGGAAAGCAAUUAGGUCAAACUGCAGAGUCCACCUCUUCUUCGUUCCCUCCCUCUAUAUAAGAGACGGUGAUGGUGGUGGUCAGGUGAAGCCGUGAAGGAGUCGAUCCAUCCGACCGAAUCCAUUUCGGAGGAGUCUUCGUUUUCAAGAGGAUCUGAACGCCCACAUUGUCCCGAUUCGGAGUUGUUCGCAGGUAUGUCUGAUGAGAGAUUUGCUUGGGUGUCUUUUGAUUUACCUGCUCGUUGCUUUAGAUCGAUAGGGCUAAUCAUCUUUCCGUAAUACAACUGUUGUCUUUAGGUGUCAAUUGCACGAUUUUGUCGAAUUCGUGUUGGAUUCUGCUGCCAGGAACUCUUUGCCACUGACUCAUGUUGUCAUUCUUGGAAUUGUAGAGUAGGUGGCCAUAAAAUAUGGCAGUAGGAAAGGUUCGGCAUGAACAAUCUGUGCCAGCCGGCUUAGAAUUUGUUCAUCGCACAAGCAUAUUGGGGAGAAAAAGAGUUGUGUUAUCUAAGACUAUGGAUUCAGCCAAUUUAUCCUCUCCAUGCGGUGCUCCAUCUAAGAGGCGGGUUACAAGGUGGAGAACGCAGACAUUAAAUCGUUUAGAGGCUCUGCCUCUAGAUAUUUUGGUAAAGACGCUGUCUAAAGUCGAUCAUAGUGAUCUGAAACAACUGUUGUUGGUCUCCAAGACUGUAAAUGGAGCAACUUUGAUCGCAAGGGAGUCGCAUUUCGUUUUCAGCACUCCAAUUUCGAAGUCUCUCUUUAGGAAACAGAGCAAUACGAUAGAUAGUGAUCUUGACAUCAGCAACGAGGAAGCUCCACACGCACCGAAUCAACAAAGAGUUGCGAGGUCGAGACUUAAUGGUGUGCAGCUUUCUAGUGUUGCUAUCGCUCUUUUCACGUGAACUGAGUAAUGUGCAAGUAAACUUGUAGAUCUACACUGUAAGUAAGCCAUCUUCAAUCCAUUCAUUGAAGACGAUAAGCUUUGUAUAGAGGAUGAUCUCUUGUCAUGUGAUUGUGUAUAGUUACUGUUUGUUACCUCUCUCAGUGCAGUGUUGGACAGAAUUCUUUUGUAUUCUUUCAUAGUCUACAAUAUAUCCUGUUCUAUAAAUACAACUGGGAAAUGAUCCUUUCCUGA